AUGUCAAUUAAAUUCAAUGAUUCGCCUUCUUCCAUCCUCACACCAUCUACUAUACAAUGCACUCGAUUUUACACCAGCGCAUCGCUACCCAUGGCAGCCUUAGCCAAUGUCAAGAAGCGAUACUCAUCCAUGCAUGAGAUGAAGAAAUAUUUAGUCAAAGAGACUGGUGGUGGUGGUGGUAGUGGCGGUGGAAUCAUCAAGAGUCAAUCAAUGCCCAUGAUCAAAUCAACCCCUCCUCUCAAACUCCUUCAGCGAUCCAUCACCACCAGUGCAUGUCUUGACUACAUGCUAGCAAAAAACAUUCAGCAAUGGUUACCUAACAGAAUAAGCGUUUCAUCUACAUGGUCGCUUUUAUACAGCCUAGAUCAGCAUGGAGCAAGUUUGAAUACACUGUAUCAGAAAUCGUACAAUAAGGGCCCAUGUUUACUGGUCAUUCAAGAUGACCAAGACGAAGUCUUUGGUGCUUAUUUAUCAGAAGGCAUACACAUUGACACAGGCUAUUAUGGCACAGGUGAAUGGUAA